AUGGCUGGAUUUUCCCCUCAUCUAAAGUUAAUAUGUUUUAAGCUCUUACGAGGACGUUACUUGCGAUUGAGGCUUAGUCGGUCGUGGGGUCCAGCCCUUACAAGGACGGGUCUGUCGCGCAUUUCUGACGAUGUUAUAGAUCCUGGGACUCGUCAAGAGAAACUACCGCUUUGUAUCAACUUCAUUCAUUUACCUUUUCUUUUCUUUUUUCAUCUUCUUUUUUUCUCUCACGUAAUAACAGUGACAAUUUAUCUCCUACUCCUCCUGAUCCUCCUCCUUCUCAUCAUCAUCAUCAUCAUCAUCAACAACACCAUCAUCAUUCCUCCUCCUCCUUCUGAUUCUUCUUUUUUUUUCUUUCGUUCUUUCUUUUUAUUUUCAGUUUCUUUCAGCUCUUCUUUAACUUUCCCCUUUAUAUUUAUUUUAUUCAUCCUUUCUUUUAUUCCUUCAUUCUGUUAUAGAUUCUGUUCAGUUUUUUAUUCCUUCAUUCUUUUAUUCAUUCCAUUUUUUAUUCCUUCAUUCUUUUAUUCAUUUUAUCGUUGA